AUGCGGUCGUUCAUCAGCCUGGUUGUACUGCUCUUUGCGGCAGCGGCGGCGGCGCUGAGCACCGCGGGCAAUCGCUUGCUGGCUGUGCUGGACAACGUCGCCGACCGGGAUGCCUACUCGCAGUUCCUCGGCGACCUCAAGACGCGAGGCUUCGCCCUCUCAUAUGAGACGCCUCGCAGCGAGGGGCUGCAGCUGUUCCAUGUGGGAGAACGCAACUACGACCACCUCAUCUUCUUUCCCACAAAGGUCAAGGGUCUCGGACCCAACCUGACGCCCGGCCAUCUCCUCAACUUUGUCAAGGCCGGCGGCAACAUCCUCGUGGCCAUGUCGUCGACGACGCCCGCCUCCACCUCCAUCACUCAGCUGCUCUCCGAGCUCGACGUGUUCCUGCCCGCCGAGCGCACCGGUACCGUCGUUGACCACUUCAACUACGACACCGAGUCCGCUGCCGAGGCCCAUGACGUGCUCGUCCUCGACGCCCCGACCACCCUGCGCCCGGCUGUCAAAGGCUUCUUCGCCAUGCCCGGCGCUGUCUUGGCCCUGCCCCGCGCAUCCGGCCACAUCCUGGGCCAGAGCAAACUGCUGACGCCCCUGCUGCGCGCCCCCUCGACCGCCUACUCCUACAACCCCAAGGAGCACUUUGCGGCCGUCGACCCGGACGAGCUCUUCGCCGCCGGCCAGCAGCUCCAUCUCGCCUCGGCCGUGCAGUCGCAAAACUCGGCCCGCGUUGCCAUCCUGGGCUCGGCCGAGAUGCUGCAGGACGCGUGGAUGGAUGCCAAGGUUGCGCGCGUCGGCGCCACAAAGAGCAAGGCCGCGAACCGCGAGUUUGCCAAGCGCCUGACAGGCUGGGCCUUUCAAGAGACGGGCGUCUUGCGCGUCAACUCGAUUGAGCACCGCCUGCGGGGGCACAACGAGACCAACCCCACCAUCUACCGCGUCAAGAAUGAUGUGUCCUACAGCAUCUCCAUCUCUGAGUACUCGUGGGACAAGUGGAUCCCCUUCGCCCUGCCUGGGGGCGACAGGAUCCAGCUCGAGUUCUCCAUGCUGUCCCCCUUCCACCGACUCGACCUGGUGCCGACGCUGGUGACGGAGACGGCGACCGUCUUUGGCCAGGACUUUACGCUGCCCGACCAGCACGGCAUCUUCAACUUCAUGGUCGACUACAAGAGGCCCCUGGUCACGCACGUCGAGGAGAAGCGCACUGUGAGCGUGCGGCACAUGGCGCACGACGAGUGGCCGCGCAGCUUCGUCAUCUCGGGCGCCUGGCCCUGGCUUUCGGGCAUUGCGGCCACGGUGUCGGGGUUUGUGGGAUUUUGCGCCAUCUGGAUGUACAGCAAGCCGGCCGCCAAGGGAGGCAAGAAGGCCUGA